AUGAAACUCUCCGUCGUCGCCGUCUUUCUUGCCCCACUCUCAGCAAUGGCUCAGUUCAACAUCCCCAAAUGCAGCGGGUCUGAUAUGCGUAAACUGCGUAUCUCUGUCCCAGGGCGUUCAUCUACCGAUGACCCACGCGAUGCGGCCCUCUACGAAAAAUGUUCACGUCUCGAGUCCCCGCCCGUUGCGACAGGCGUCGACAACUACAAAAACUACGCAAACGGCUUGCAAGUAGUCAGGCUUGAGGGCGAGUCAUACCGGUUCAUCAACCCCCAGUCGGCGACUUCUCAAACGGCUUUUCAAGCCGGCUAUGAGGUCUUUGUGCUUAGUCUCGGGAAAAACGCCAUUUGCGAUUGGACCGCGCCCGUCAAAGUUGAGGAAUUGUAUUUAUGCUAG